AUGGCUGAAAAAACAUCAAUAACAACAUAUCAAUAUCCAACAGAAUUACCAAAUGUAAUUGUUGAAGAUCCAGAAAAUAUUAACGAAGAAGAAGAAAAUGAUGAUGAAAAUAACAAAAUAAAUCAUUCAACUUAUCCUUCAGUACAACAACAACAACAACCAUCAAUAUUAUAUAGUUAUAAUAAUGGUCAUCAACAUUUUUCUCCAUCAGUAGCAUCAUCAACACGUCCAGCACAAUUUGAUUUAUUACUUGGUGAAGAUGAAGAUGAUGGUGAACAAACAGCAGCAUUAUUACUUAAUUUAACACCACCAACACCUGUACCUAUCCAACGUGUAUCAUCUGAAGAUGAAUAUAAUUUUUAUUCAAAACGUAAACGUGCAAAAUUUAUAGGACCAUAUUUAUUUGGUGAUGUUAUUGGACAAGGUUCAUAUGCUAAAGUUAAAGAAUGUUUAGAUCGUCGAAAUUUAUGUCGACGUGCUGUUAAAAUUAUGCAACGUCGUCGUUUACGUAAAACACCACAUGGUGAAAAAAUGGCUGCUACAGAAAUACGGAUAUUAAAAAAAUUAAAUCAUCCAAAUAUAAUUAAAUUAUAUGAUUUUAUUCGAAAUGAUGAAAAACAGAAAUUAUAUUUGUUUAUUGAUUUAUGUGUUGUAUCAUUACAAGAGAUGCUUGAUUCAGAUGAACGACUUAAAUUAAAACUUAAUGCUUUUCCAACAUGGCAAGCACAUGGAUAUUUUAUUCAAUUAAUUAGUGGAUUAGAAUAUUUACAUUCGAAAUUUAUUAUUCAUAAUGAUAUUAAACCAGGAAAUUUAUUAAUUGCUGUUGAUCAUCAAUUAAAAAUAACAGAUUUUGGUACAGCUGAACAACUUGAUAUGUUUAGUCCUGAUGAUACCAUCAAACGAAGUCAAGGUACUCCUGCAUUCCAAUGUCCAGAAAUAGCUAAUGGUGAUGAUGCAUAUAGUGGUUUUUCUAUUGAUAUAUGGUCAUGUGGUGUAACAUUAUUUAAUUUAGUUACUGGAUGUUUACCAUUUGAAGCUGAUAACAUUUAUUUAUUAUAUCAAACAAUAGGUAAAGGUAUUUAUACAAUACCAGAUGAUAUUGAGCCACAUUUAACAUCACUUCUAUAUGGUUUAUUACAUAUUGAUAAAAGUUCACGUUUUACAAUCGAACAAAUAAAACAACAUGAUUGGUUUCGACGACGACCACCACGUACAUUUGAUUUUAUACCUUUUCCUGUUUCAGCAUUAAAUCGUUUUGAAACAUUUACAAUGUACGAUUAUUUAGCUGAAUUACAUCAACCAUCGACAGAAAAUAGUGAAGAACAACAACAACAACAACCAGAUAAUACAAUUGUACCUGAUGGUUCAAUUUCAGUAGUGCAUUCGCCACAUAACAAUCAACUAGAACAAGCUGUGCAUGAUGAACAAUUACACGCACGACGUUCAAAUCGAUCUGCAUGGAAUUGCAAUUGUAGUCGAACAAUUAGUAUUGAUAAUAUUCGUCAAACAAAAACUCGAAGAAGACAACAUCAUCGAAUAUGUUCUUUGUGUUAA